AUGAGUGAGCGGAACAAGAGGGGCGCACCGUCGCCGGUGGACCGUGACGGUGGCAAGAAGGUGAAAGCGGUGGCACAGGUGAUGAAAAACGAGCAAGAACGACUGCAGCAGCAAGGAGAAGAGAACGAACGUGAGGAAGGAGAAGUUGGUGCCGAAGAUGGGUCCUUGGCCGCGCCUCCGCCUCCGCCGUCACCACCGCUGCCACAGAUUGACGCGAGGAUCGACGUGGCUUUGUUCCACUGCAAGAGCUGCUGCCGCCCCCUCAAGCCCCCACUCUUCGAGUGCGAGGCGGAGGGGCACGUGGUGUGCUGCCGCGACUACUGCCGUCACAUGCACGGCGAACUCUGCAGCCGCACGGAACCCUCCCGCCCUGCGCUGAACGCCAUCCUCACCGCCGCCAAGGUUUCGUGCGUGUACAGAGAGUUCGGCUGCGGCCUCCACAUCGUCUACCACGACGCCAUGAACCACCUGCGCACAUGCCUUCACGCGCCCUGCCUGUGCCCUGAGCCCGGCUGCUCGUUCCUGGGCACCCCGCUGGCGCUGCUCGGCCACUUCGACGCCGCCCACGCGCGGGCCAUAUCCACCGUCAGCUACGGCCACCCCUUGAAACUCACCCUGCCGCUGUCUCAGCCAUGGCACUUCGUCCUCGGGCAGGACGACCGCAGCGUCUUCCUUGUGUCACUGGGCACGCUCAACGGCAGCAGCUCGGCCAUGGGAGUGUCCCUGGUCUGCGUCAGGGUGCCGCGGGGCCGCAAUACCGGUGCAAGCUCGUCGUCGUGGGUUUACCCGGCGUGGACAACAACAUGGGGCCUAUGA